CGGCUGUCACGGUAAGCCUGUUUGAACCCCGCCAUACCGAGUAUAUAAACCUCCCUUUUAAACUGCGUGUCCAGAGACUUGCAAGUCUCUGAUCUGAAUCAUUCAUCUCAUUUCACGUUCAAACACUUCAACCCACAGCCCAUAAAAAAUGGCCUCCGUCAUGAAAGCAGUCGACACCAAGAACGGCAAAGGUCCCGCAACAGCCCUCUUCAUCAACGCCUCCACACCCAUCCCACAGCCCGGCCCAGGUCAAGCCCUGGUCAAAGUCCGCGCCUUCGGCCUCAACCGCAUGGACCUGAUUCAGCGCGAAGGCCACUACCCGCUGCCUCCGCAAGCACCCCUCACACUCGGGGUCGAAUUCGCGGGUACCGUGGUCCGCUUCGGUCCCGAGACGCAGCCCGCUAAUUUCUCGCCCGGCGACGCCGUGCUGGGCCUGGCCUACGGCGGCGCCUACGCAGAGUACAUCGCCGUCUCUCUCGAGACCCUGCUCCCCAAACCGGAGCACUUGACUUUCGAGCAGGCGGCCGGCAUCCCCGAGACGUGGAGCACGGCGACGCAGGCGCUGGAUUUUGUGCUGGGCGGGAUUAACGACGGCGAGGUUGGGGAGUUGGGCAAGGAGAGGAAGAAGAAGAGUAUCCUCUGGCAUGCCGGGGCGUCGGGCGUGUCGAUCGCGGGAAUCCAGCUGUCGCGGCUUGCGGGCGCCAGCGCGGUGUUCGCGACGGCGGGGACAGCGGAUAAGUGCCGGUUCGUGGAGAAGGAGCUUGGGGCGACAAGGGCGGUGAAUUACAAGGAGGAGGACUGGGUUGCCGAGGUUCUCAAAGCGACUGGCGGGAAGGGGGUGGAUUUGGUGGUGGACUUUGUUGGGGGCGGCUAUUUCCAGAAGAACCUAGACGUGGUGGCGAGAGAUGGGCGAAUCUGCAUGCUGGGUUUGAUGGGCGGGGCGGUGGCCGAGAAUGCGAACAUCGCGCAGCUGCUGUAUAAGAGGGUGCGGGUGGAAGGGAGUACGCUGCGGAGUCGGGAUGUACACUACCAGGGACGGUUGAUGGCGAAGCUGGCUGAGUACCUGCCCCGGGUUGAGAGCGGCGAGCUGAAGCUGUUCAUCGACACCGUGCUGCCGUGGGAGGAGAUUAACCAUGGGCAAGAUCAUCUGCACCAUUCCGUAGGAGCUCUAGAUUCUGACUAG